AAAUAUGUCGUCGUUGAUAGCCGAUUUCCUCCGUCAAACAGGCGGCACCGCUGUCAUCGACGGCGGUCUUGCGACGGAGCUGGAACGUCACGGCGCAGACCUCAACGAUCCCCUUUGGAGCGCCAGAUGCCUCUUUUCCUCCCCUCACCUCAUUCGUCAGGUGCACCUUGAUUACUUGGAAAAUGGUGCAGAUAUUAUAAUCACAGCAUCUUAUCAAGCCACCAUUCAAGGUUUUAAAGCCAAAGGCUUUUCUGAUGAAGAAAGUGAAGCCUUGCUCAGAAGGAGUGUUGAAAUUGCUUGUGAGGCUCGUGAUGUGUAUUAUGAAAGAUGUGAUUCGUGCUCUUCGGGUGAUGGGGAUAUUGCUAGAAUUCUCAAACGACGCCCUAUCUUGGUUGCAGCAUCAGUGGGAAGCUAUGGAGCUCAUUUGGCUGAUGGAUCAGAGUACAGUGGCAAUUAUGGUGAUGCUAUCACAGUGGAAACUCUUAAAGAUUUUCAUCGGAGAAGAGUUCAAAUUUUAGCAGACUCAGGUGCUGAUCUGCUUGCAUUUGAAACAGUGCCAAAUAAGAUUGAGGCUAAGGCCUAUGCUCAGCUUCUGGAAGAAGAGGAAAUAAAGAUUCCAGCAUGGUUUUCUUUUAACUCUAAGGAUGGAAUUAAUGUUGUCAGCGGUGAUUCUGUAGAGGAAUGCAGCUUUAUUGCUGAAUCAUGCAAUAAAGUUGUUGCUGUUGGAAUGAACUGUACCCCACCUAGAUUUAUACAUGAUCUCAUAGUUUUGCUUAAGAAGGUGACCACAAAACCAAUUGUUAUAUAUCCAAACAGUGGGGAAACUUAUGAUGCUGACCAAAAGGAGUGGGUGCAAAAUACUGGUGUUACAGAUGAAGAUUUUGUCUCGUAUGUGAAUAAAUGGUGUGAGUUAGGGGCUUCCCUUGUAGGUGGCUGUUGCAGAACGACUCCAGCUACUAUUAGAGGGAUAUACAGGACACUAUCCAACAAUCAAUCUGCUAUUCUUGCCACCAAGUGACUGUCCUGACAUCUGAAAAGAGGCCAAUGCGCAGUUGAUCAAUCUAAUUUAUAUGUCAAGAACGUUUGCAGCUGCACUGGGUCAUUUUGCUACUUUGGGCUGAGAUGGGACGAUGAAUAUGAUUUGACCAAUUGGUGAAGAUAUUCAUAUGCAUUUCCAAUGCAGCUUGGAACAUACUUUGCCCUUGGAGCUAGAACUUGAAAAUCGCAUCAAAGAUCAGGGGAAAGAUGUGCGUUUUCCUUUUCUUUUUUAUUUUAGUUAAAGACAUGGCUAAUAAUUGACAUGAAAACAGUGUGGGGUUGUUAGGUUGGCUAAUCAUAAGAUGGACCAUGGACAUGGCCACUUCGCAUUUCCGUUGAGAAGUGAGUUUAGCCACUUGGAUUUUGGCCCUUGGCCAGUUUGAUUUAAAGUUGUAUAGAAAUUAAUUUUGAUAAAAUUGUUUUUAAGUUGUCG